ACUCCUACCCUCAGCACUUUGGGUAAAAAACACUCGAAAAGAAAAGAAAAAGCUGAGAGAGAUACCUACUUAUGCUUACAAAAUUAGUGGAGUAUUCAAGUGAACCUCUUCUGCAGCCUGCAGUCUGCUCCUUGCCCCUCUUAAACACAAAUACUUUGUGAUGGAACACCAUAAACAGUGCGUGGAGAAUGAAAUACCGCAUGGAGAUGACAAUUACAAAUUCAACAUCAGGGUACGAAAUUAAGGUUUGUCAAUGUUAGAAAGCUCACUUUUGGUUAAACUAGUCUCCCAACCUGAAAGAGAUGACUACAGCUGAAACAGAGGAUGAUGUAGAAGAAGAAAAUCUCCCGAUUCAACCUUCUUGUACAUCAUUGGUUUCCCCUUUGCUACUAGCUCCUUCUCUUCUUUCGAACCAAUUGCUUCCUGAUCUGAACCUUCCUCCGACUCCUUCGCUGGAGCUUGCACCUCCUGCACCACUUUUGGCGGAAUACUUUGUCCACCAAGUAAGGAAUCAUUUGAAGGAUUUGUUCAACACUACUGUACUCCAUGAUACCAUUGUGCAGAUACUGGACACGUUCAUGAGCAUGGGAAAUCCUCAUCAUUGGGUAGAUUAUUUGAUGCCACAGGAUGCCAGAGUACAAGACCUUAUUGCAUCCUCCGGCAGUGACAGUACAGAUCUUUCUCAUGCAACCAAAUUUGACCUACUUAUGGCAGAGACACGUGCCGUGUUAUCAAGGUACUGUUGUUUUCUUGCUGAUUCAACAAUUGAGAAGUAUGAAGAUCAAAUAAAAGGUGCCUCUCUUGUGGCUUAUUGGCUUCAAAUGUGGGUUAGGGCCACAGAUAUAGAGUUUGAGGUUUGUGCUGAAUUUGGAAAUAUCGUUGAUAUGACCUUGAAAACAGUGGUGGAUGCACUGGUAGAAGAUAUAGAGGUUCAAUCAGAAGGCAGUUUGUCAUCAGGGAUGCCACUAGCCAAACUUCUACCCCGCAUUGCACAGAUGGCACCACUACUGCUUGAAGAACCUAGUAGGAACAGGUUUAUCCAAAUCAUCCGAAACAUACAAGAAGUUGAACUAUUUUUCACACUAUUAUAUGCCAACGCACCGAUCGGGUAG